UGAGUAUUGUCGAUUUACAGUGUAGACUUUUUCAAAUAUUACGCGAGAAAUCAGUAAACAUAAACAAUAACAGUGGAAUGUUUUCCGGGGUUUCUGUAGUUUUUCGAGUUUUCCGGUUUUGCGUAAAAAGAUUAUAAAAUAUGAACAACAAAAUUAUUAUUCGAGGAUAUCCGGACGUUUGUCGAAUAUGUCUUGUUGAAAGAAGUGAAGCUGAAUCAUUCACCUCGUUGAACAACAAAUUACAGGGAGGCUCUAGUUAUUGGAAAGCUCUUUCGGACCUUUGUGGUUCUUUGAACUGCGACGAGGAAUUUUGCGAGAAUGCCAAGAGCGAAUGCCAAGCUCAUAGCAUUUGCAGUAACUGUACACAGCAAAUUGAUGUCUUACAAGCCUUCAGGUUGGAAACUAUUUCGAAUCAGCUGUUUUUGAAGGCCUGGAUCGCUUAUCAAUGCCGAGCGAAUGCUGACCCGUUGAAAGAUCUGUUUCACAAUCAAACGAGGUAUCAUAAUUCAAUUCGCAAAACCCUUCGUCGCCUUGGUGUGCUUGAGAAAGAUGACACAGUCCUCACUAGCUUGAUUACCGACUCAGAGAAGGUUGAUGGCAGCGAUCUACUAAUUAAGGUGGAAGUGAAGACUGAAUCGGAGGAAACAAUCGACCCAUUUGCGGAUUCUCUAUAUGUUAUGAACGAUGAUAACAAUGACCAUGAAAAUAAACAACUCCAAACGAGUGACGAUGAGCAAGACGGAUCGGUCACAGGUUCAACUCAUAAUGCAAAGAUUGGGGAUACCGAAAAUCCGAAAAAUCGAAAAAGAAAUAUCGAUCGAUUGAUCGACGGUGUUCGAACGCGACCAUGUUAUCUUGCUAACUGCGAGCCGAUACCGUUAGGCCGAGCAGAGGAACAUACUCGCGAGAAGCACCGAGCCUAUUGCAAGCUUUGCGGUAUGGUGUUCCAAUCCCACACACAAACCGUUCACCAUUGGGCAAUCCACAAGAACGACGAGGACCGCAUCCUGUGUGAGGUGUGUGAGAAACCAUUUUGGCGAGAGUUGGACCUGAAGUUGCAUAGACGGGAGUUCCACGGGAUAGACGUUGCCAAUCACGAGUGUCCUUACUGCGGGGAAAAGUUUAAAAGGAAAGUCGAUAUGUUAAAACAUCGCGAAAUCCAUACCGGAUGCAAAUUCUGCAUCAAGCAGUGCAGUUCGUAUCGGGCAAUGUUGAAACACGCGAGACAGCAUCAUCGAAACGAGUUACUUCCGUGCAAUUCGUGCCAGGCCACGUUUCUCAGUACCAAAGAGUUAACUGCGCAUGAAACGAUGCAUGCAGAUGGACGAGUGGAGAAUUGUAUUCAGUUCCCGUUGAAGAACUGGACCGCAGCACAUUGCCAAACUUGCGAGAGAGAUUUGUUCAGUGUUGAAUACUUGCAACGUCACAUGGAGAACGAUCACAAGCAGGGGUCAGCUAAGAAACCGAUCAGGCAGAAGAAUUUCAAAAGGCGUUCUAAAGAAGAGUUAGAUCUGUUGGAAUACAAGUUCAAGUGCAGUGAUUGCUCUGCUCGAUUCCGUUUGAGGUCGUCGCUCAGGAGUCAUUGGAGGAAAAAUCAUAGCGGAUUGAAGUUCAUUUGCGAGCACUGCGGCAUUAGUUUCAAAUCCAAACACGAAAUGCUGACUCACGAAUUAUAUUUGCACAGCACAAAAAGGCCGUUUGCUUGCGAUUUUUGUGAGAAGCGCUGUCACACGAAGAACGAUCUUGCGAUCCAUCGCAGAAGCCACACCAACGAGAAGCCAUACAAGUGCUGGCACGAGGGUUGUGACAAAGCUUACAAAACAAGGUCGGCUGUAACCAAACAUUACCGAAUCCAUUCAGGUGAGAAACCGUACAAAUGUUCCUAUGGUGGUUGCGACAAAUCGUACGCUUGCAGUCAAUUACUAAAGGUGCACGUUCGGAAGCACACGCUGGAGAAGCCGUUUAAAUGUUAUUAUUGUGAGUUGUAUUUUAAUUCCACCAAUAAUCGCAGCAAGCAUUGUCACAGACACCACGUUGGAUUACCCAUUGGAAGAGAGUGGGAGAAGCUGAACAAGCAUCCUAAAAGGAGCGAGGAUGUAGAGUCGGCCGUUACUAAGAACUCGAAUACUGCUAAGCAAAAUGUUACAACAGUUAAAGCUGAAAUAAAGGCGUAAUGACCACGAAUAGAAAAAAAGUGUAUUUCGACACAGAUGCGGGAUCACAAUGUGUUGAAGGUUGUGUACAGUUACUGUUUGUUUUUAUUGUAGCACUGAAUAAAGUCAACUACUUAACCUUGUA